UUCAAUGAAACCUUUCGCACCACUAAUAUAUCAUCUCUGCCUAAAUGGAAUGAAAUCCCAUUUCUCGUGAAUAUAACCCGUGAUGUUCCGUACAAAUAUGCUGUUGUCUUAUUUGGUUAUAUUAUGCCGUUUUUGUUGAUCGUUACUAUUAUUGCCAACACUCUAAUAGUAAUAGUAUUAGCCCAGAGUCAUAUGCGGACACCCACUAAUUUAGUACUAUUGGCAAUGGCUAUAGCUGACCUGUUAACACUACUGUUCCCGGCACCGUGGUAUUUCUAUAUGUAUACAUUUGGUAAUCACAAUAAGAUACUCUACCCGUGCAGUGCCUGCUAUGCCUAUCAUUUGAUGAUUGAAGUUUUGCCCGCAUUUUUUCACACGGCGUCCAUAUGGCUCACACUUUUGUUGGCCGGACAAAGAUACAUAUAUGUAUGCCAUUUAACAACAGCCCGCACGUGGUGUACAGUUCCCCGGGUGUGUAAAGCGAUGAUUAUUAUAUUUAUAAUGGCUUUAUGUCAUCAAAGCACCCGAUUUGCGGACCGGGAGUUCACUGCAAUUGAAUUUAUUUGGAUUAAUAGUCGCCGAACGGGUUGUCAGUUUGAAACCGCAAAAUGGGUAAAGGAUAGCAUCGGUGAAGACACAUAUUAUAUACUUUAUUACGGUUUUCGUAUAGUGUUUGUCCACAUCGGUCCCUGUGCUCUGUUAGUCCUAUUAAACGUACUAUUAUUAAAAGCUUUGCGUAAAUCUCAACGAAAACGAGAAAAAUUGUUUACCGAAAACCGCAAGAGUGAGUGCAUUAAACUACGGGACUCCAACUCAACUACCAUUAUGUUGAUAGUGAUUGUAACGGUAUUCCUGAUGCUAGAAAUCCCGUUAGCUGUGACAACACUGUUGCAUGUCAUGCAAAACGCACUGUCCAUUGAAAUAGCUGAAUAUGAAUCGCUGAACACGACUGUAUUGUUUACUAAUUUCUUUAUCAUACUGUCCUAUCCAAUCAAUUUUGCCAUAUAUUGCGGAAUGUCUAAACAAUUUAGACAAACAUUUACCGAUUUAUUUCUAUACUCUAAUUAUACCGUUUCGGUCACACAUCGUGACUGUUCGUCCCGGUAUUCGGCGGUCAACGGUCCCCGAACUUCGACCAAUGAAACCAUUUUAUAA